AUGUUCGGCGACCAUCGAUGUCAGUAUACACAAGGAGCUCAACACUGCGUCCUUUCAACGGCUAGUGUCUGGACUGGAGCGGGCCAAACGUGCUGCUGUUAUGACUGGGACGGUUGGCUGAUGUUCAGUGACGAUUUUGAAUACAACGAUCAGUAUCUUCGAUUUCUACUCGGCUGGCGUUCCAUACAGCUCAUCCUUUUGGUGCGUUUCCAUACAAACGUCCCUCCUUAUGUGCCUACAAUGUCGAACUUUUUCAACGACCUACUACCGUACGAAAUGUGCUGCAAAUGGGCAGGUCACUGCGAGUUCUACUUUUGGAGACGUCAAACCAGUACCUGCCAGGAGUACAAGCCACCCACAAUAGAUGUGUUCAAUUGGGUGGCCGACGAGAGACGAUUUUCGGACUCUUGGCCGAGAUUGGUCGCCCUAGAAAAGCUGGCCGGCGCCGCUGCGUUGUGCAAGCUAAUCAUCUCUAGAAAACGCCUGCUAAAUGAUCAACGCAGCAGCUCGACCGAACCAGUUCCGGCUCAUCAUGUCAGCACGGAUGGCCAAGGCCAA